GCGGCCCGGCUGGCGCGCGGCUCGCCUGCCUCGGUCUCCGCCGCUCCAGGGGCGGGUGGGGUGGGCUGAGCCGGGGCCGCCGCCGCUGCUGCCGCCGCCGCCGCUGGAGAAAGGCCGAGAGCAGAGCCGGUGCAGGUCCCUGGAGAGAGUGCGGCCGCCGGGCGGCCCGUCCGAGUCCAGGUUGAAGCCAGGGGCUUGCGGCUAUGUGAGCCAUGAGCGCGACGUGGACUUUGUCACCGGAGCCGCUGCCGCCGUCGACAGGACCCCCAGUGGGUGCGGGCCUGGACGCAGAGCAGCGCACGGUGUUCGCCUUCGUGCUCUGCCUGCUCGUGGUGCUGGUGCUGCUGAUGGUGCGCUGCGUGCGCAUCUUGCUCGACCCCUACAGCCGCAUGCCCGCCUCGUCCUGGACCGACCACAAGGAGGCGCUCGAGCGUGGGCAGUUUGACUACGCCUUGGUGUGAGGGGCGCGGCGCUCCGGGCCGGCCCUUAACUGUGUCUCCGAGGGCCACCCGGGCAGGGGCACCUCCUGGCCAGGUCUGCGCUGAAGAUCCUGGCCCGGAACCCCCAGCCCGGGGCCCGGGCGUUAAGAGAAGUCCAGCCCCUCCCUCCUUUAACCCCGCUCAUCUUCCCCUUGGCCUGGCCGGGAGUCCCACCUCGUGCCUUUAUCUGUCCUGCCCCCUUCUCCUCUGCACUCUGAAUCCUGGGUGGGAGAAGGAUUCCCGCACCGACCCCCUUCUUCCCCAGCGUGUAAGUGGCUCCGCUAUUGUCCUGCCUGUGGGCAUGAGUGUUACGUCCUUUCCUGAAAGUGGGGACACACAUUGUCCACCACACCUGUCUUCUGACCACCCUCAGUUUCACGGUGAUUGAGUGCUGAGCCCUCCUUGAGCUCCGGCCCUACCGGAGCUCUCUCGGGCCUAAGGGGUGAAUGGUUGCUUACUAAUAAUACCCUGCACGGCCUGCCCCGGAGACGGACCCACUGUGGCUGCUGUGUCCAGGAUGUGUGGCACCUUCGGUGGAAGAGGAGUGCGGGGCAGGCUCAUCCCUGCCCCCAGCCUGGGCCCCAGUACAGGUCAGCGCGCCCUCCCUCAUGUCAACCUCCGCCCCCACGGCCCCCCCUGCUUCCUCCUGCUGGCCCCCCUGCGACCCCACCCCACCUCUCACGCCUUUUCACUUCUCCCUGCCUCUGAGCGGUGAUGAUGAUGAUAAUAAAUGCUAUGGAGCGAC